GCGAAUUACUCUAUAUAUAAAAUUGAUAUAGGGUUUUGGUUCCUGAAGUCGCCAGCGGCCGAGAGAUCAGCAACGAUGGCUCCCAAAAGAGGUGUAAAAGCUCCGGCUGCGGCUACGAAGAAGAAGCAGGACAAGGUGGCCAACCCGCUUUUCGAGAAACGUCCGAAGCAGUUUGGCAUUGGAGGUGCAUUGCCCCCUAAGAGAGACUUGACGCGAUUUGUGAAGUGGCCCAAGACUGUUCAAAUCCAGAGGAAAAAAAGGAUCCUCAAGCAAAGGUUGAAGGUCCCCCCAGCUCUGAACCAGUUCACCAAAACACUAGACAAGAACCUUGCAACUAGCCUGUUCAAGAUGCUCCUUAAGUACAGGCCUGAGGACAAAGCUGAAAAGAAAGAGCGACUUUUGAAGAGGGCCCAGGCAGAGGCAGAAGGAAAGUCUACUGAAGCUAAGAAGCCUAUUGUUGUGAAAUAUGGUCUCAAUCACGUCACUUACCUUAUUGAGCAGAAUAAGGCACAGCUGGUUGUGAUUGCGCAUGAUGUAGAUCCAAUUGAACUGGUUGUCUGGCUGCCAGCCUUGUGCAGGAAAAUGGAAAUUCCCUAUUGCAUUGUCAAGGGCAAGGCACGAUUGGGAACGAUUGUCCAUAAGAAAACUGCAUCAGUUUUGUGCUUGACAACAGUUAAGAAUGAAGACAAAUUAGAAUUCUCCAAGAUUCUAGAGGCGAUCAAGGCCAACUUCAAUGACAAGUAUGACGAAUACAGGAAGAAGUGGGGUGGUGGGGUUAUGGGUUCUAAAUCCCAAGCCAAAACCAAGGCCAAGGAAAGGCUCCUUGCCAAGGAAGCCGCACAGAGAAUGUCUUAAAGCUUCCUGCUCUUUUGCUUUAGGAAAUUUGAUGUCUGUUUUCAAUAUUUUGUUCUCGUAACUCAAUCAGUUAAACGUGAGGUUUCCUUUCUGUUACGGUAGCUUGCGGACUAAAAUUUAAUGAUUACUCGAGUUUGAACUUGAAGCGUCCAUACUGUAAAAGUAAUUUAUGGGUUUGAGAUUUUGGCCGGAACUAACCAAACGGCUGCCUUUUA